AACGCGGACAUGCGCAGAAGAAAGUUCCUCUUUCUCGGUGGACGCAAUGGCGGACGCAGAAAAAAAACCACAGGCGGUCCCUGAGAGCCUUUUGAAAAGGCGAAAGGCCUUCGCUACCAUGAAGACCAUGCGCGUCAAGAAGAUGCUGGCUGAGAAAAAGGCCAGGAAAGUGACCAGGAAACUGAUCUACAAGAGGGCUGAGAAGUACCACAAGGAGUACAGGCAGAUGUACAGACGUGAAGUCCGUCUGGGCCGCACUGCUCGCAAAGUGGGAAACUUCUACGUGCCAGCUGAGCCCAAACUGGCCUUUGUUGUCAGAAUCAGAGGUAUCAAUGGUGUCAGCCCCAAGGUCCGCAAAGUCCUGCAGCUUCUCCGUCUGCGCCAGAUCUUCAAUGGCGUGUUCGUCAAGCUAAACAAGGCUUCGAUCAACAUGCUCAGGAUCGCUGAGCCGUACAUCGCUUGGGGAUACCCCAACCUGAAGUCUGUGCGUGAGCUCAUCUACAAACGUGGUCAUGGCAGGAUGAGGAAGCAGCGCAUCGCCCUCACAGACAACGCUCUGGUGGAGAAGGCCCUCGGCAAAUAUGGCAUCAUCUGUGUUGAGGACCUCAUCCAUGAGAUUUACACAGUUGGUAAGAACUUCAAGCCCGCCAACAACUUCCUGUGGCCCUUCAAGCUGUCAUCACCCCGCGGUGGCAUGAACAAGAAGACUACACACUUUGUGGAGGGAGGAGAUGCCGGUAACAGGGAGGAUCAGAUCAACAGAAUGAUCCGGAGGAUGAACUAAAGUUAUGGUUUUCAAAGGACUCAAAUGUACAAUAAAAAACUUGAGAAAACA